GCGUCGGGACGUGCUGACGACGUGAAAGGCUAGUAGGUAGUGGUGGUUGUGGAGGUCUUGAUUGGGUCUUGUCGGGUCCUGGGUCUUCGGUAUUGGUCACCUACUUGCUAGUACAGCGGUUUUCGUGCGAGUAGACAGGCGACGCUGACGGGGAGAAACCCAUGGAUGGUCCUGGGGAUGUGGUACCCUGCUCAGUGCUCUCACCUGGCUGAAGGAACCAUCAGCUCCUCUUCUUCCAGUCCUGCUUAGUGUCUUGGUGAUAAAUUCAGUUUAAAAAAAAAAAAGUUUAUAGCAAAUUAAUACUAAACUGAGCUGGCUCUGGUGCUUCCAGAAGAAGAUUCCAGGAUGUUUUUAACAUCCUGGUGACUGACAGAAGGUGUUAAAAGAAUCCUGUUUGGUGGCUGAUGAACUGUUGUUAAAGUGGAUGGUUAAACAUGAUGAAGACAUUUCUUCAAAGUGUAUUCUUUAGAGUGGAAAGCUUAUUGUACCUUAUAGUAAUUGUGCACUUUGGCAAGUGUCAUUUCAUUUGCAGUAGACCCUGGAGAGAGGUGAUAUAAAUAAUGAUGUGUAGCAUAAUAUAAAAUUAGGUGUACAUACAAAACAUUUAAAGCAGAGAAACUCUGUUGUACAAAUAUGCAUAAUGCUCAAUUGCGGGCAGAUGCCAAAAUAAUUAUAUAACCUUUGAAAUAUAGCAAUACACACUAAUAUUUUAAAAAAUGCAGACCUUUUAAUGAAUAUCUAAGUAUUUUGCUGAAGCUCAUAAGGUAUUAUUUUUCUUUUUGAAACAUCUCUUUGACCAUUAGAUGAGUUGUAUUUAUACCUGAGACUGCAAUAUGGAGAAAAUCUUAAAUAUGUGUAAUGGUAAUCUUAAUACCCCUUCUGUAAAGAGAUAAAUAUACCAAACUAGCAGCUACUUAGAUUAUUAAAUUGUAGUAGGUUUGACAUGACUUCUGUUAUAUCCAACCCAGCUGCCCAUUUUAAUUACGGCAGUAACUGAGUGAAUUACUGUAAAUUGAUUUUUAGUUAGGUAUACUGAGUAUAAAAAAAAAAAAGGGGGGGGGGAUAAAUUCAUCAAUAAUCAUAAAACAUUUUAAUAUCAAGUAAAGUUUCCAACACCGUAAUCCGUUAUAGAUUAUCAGGUAGCUUGUGUAAAAUUGUGCUUUUGAAAAUUGUUGCUGUAUUUGUGGUAAUAAAAGUCUGGUUUUGGCUAUGGGAAGAAGAUACGGUCAAACCAUUAAUACUGGUACCGAUAUGCAGUAUGUUGUUAAGCCGUGAAGUUCAGUCUCAGUAUGGGUUGUAUAUAUUUUGAUUAGUCUUAAAUUUUUUUUAAGCUCCAUAUUCCAUUGAUAUUCUUGUCAAAAGUUCAAUUUGUUCUUCUCAUUUUAUAGUCCCAGUCCAGCUGUCCUGGAAUGAGAACAAACUUUCAACAAGAAAUACCUGCCCACUGCAAAGAGCAGAAUUGGCAUUUGGAUUUUCACUUCUCGAAACUUUUGAAAAAUAUAUUUUAUACCUGUAGUAGUUAUUUAACAGGUGGAGAAACAUUGAGCUUUUUACGCUGAAAUACAAGGUGAAGGUGUGCUUGAUCCAGCCUUCCUCCCUUCUAAUGGUGUUUUACUAAUCAGAUUAAAGAGAUUAUUUCUGCACGUAUUCUGGAAAGUGCUUGUGUUUGAGUUCUGACUUUUACGUGGGACAUAGGAACGUAAGAGUAAGGAUAGAGUGUUUGUUUUUUUUUUUUGUUUGUUUGUUUGUUUUAUUGCACACCCCCCCCCAUCUUUCUUUCCUGCUAUGAUAGAAUGUAUUUCUAAAGCUGAUGCUGUCAUUCUACUCUCAAACUAUUAGGAUUGAUGCAGUAAUUAUUUAAUGAAAUGUUAUUAGUGGAAUUAUGUAGGAGGUCAGAAAAAUGCUCUUUAGAGUUUUUGAACCUUCAGGGAGAUUUGGCCACAAGUAUCAUGUUUUAGUGUGGGAGUGGAACUAGCAGCAUUAAAAAAGGACAAAAUUAGGGAUAUCUUGUGGAAUUUAUACUAAUGAACUAGAGACAUGUUUUGUUGCAUAUGUGGCAAUUAAACGCAGAAUAUUUAAAUGCUAGAAAUUCUUAUUGUUUUUAUUCUGAGGCAAAAGGUUGGAACAGAAAGAAGGAAUGGCAUUUUUAUGUGAAGCUUUUUUGGAUCUUGUCUAACUUUAGAGAAAAGCAGUUUGAGCAAGGUUUUUUUUUAUUAUUAAUUUUUUUCCCCUAUGAGUCGAUAAUUCUAGUUCAGGACAAGUCUGUGAAGGUGACUUGUAGUUCAUCUGAAAAAGCUAUUUUGAGCUUAGUAAACAUCUCCUUAGUGAUCAAAUGAAUAGAUUUGAUCACCACAACAGUAACUUGUUGGAUAGUGAUUAUAUGUUAUUAUAAAGAAUGAAAGAAAAUGUGUGUUGAGAUAGUACUGAGAAAAUACAAAGUUGUAAAUCUCAGUCUCAUUUAUAGAAUGUAGGUUUUCAUUUUUCUGUCACCUGCUUUUCAGAACACUUUAUGAAAAAUCAGCAAACCGUGGUCUUUAGGGUAAACUGGUAAAGAAAAAGGUAAUUUUCUUGUUUAGUCAACAACCAGAGUGUUUGGGCUUGCUCACAUCCUAUUUCUUCUUGAAAUAAAUAACUUAUGCUUUUUCUAUGGAUAAACAACGUUUAAUCCGAUUCCUUGUAUUCCUUAAACACGUGUUCAUUAGAGCAUAAGCAAAACAGCGCUGGGUGUGGGGGGGGUUCACUCCGCCCAACAUGCACCCUUUUAACAAUAAGAAGUGUACUUAAAUACAGUAUGGUAUUACAUAUUCAUAAUAACCCCAGAAAGGCCUAUACAUAUUCAUGACCUUUCCUGCUUUUUAUUAAAAUGAGUCUCAGAUAACCAUUUACAUAUUCCCCUCCUUGACCCUCCCCUGUUGCACCUGCACAAUGUCACUUGGUGAAUUUGAGGAAGGGUCUUUAGGGGUCUUUGGAUGAAGGCUCCUUCAGCUUCGUCACAGUGGACUUUUUACCUUUGGCUCGUUAGAAGGAACUGGCUGGAAUCCAAGCUACCAAACCGACUGGAACCAGACUGGUGCCUCCUUUUUGCUGUAAAUCUUGGCUAUCUUGUCUCCUCAAGGUUGCAGCUGGUGCUGUAAAACUUCUUAUCUCGGCAUUUAAUGAAGUCCUGCUUUUUUUAGCACAAUUAGUUACAUACGGCUCUAAACUAGAUAUUAAUUAUGUGGUUUAAAAUGUUAGCUUGCUAGUAGGCCGUUAUUAUAUAGUUGCUUAACCCUUAAAAUGUUAGUUCGCUCUAUCAAUAUAACUUCCUAAACAAGUUUCAUAACUUUUUACAUAGAACUUAACCACCUUUCCCUUUUCCAAGUUCAGAGUCCGUGCCUCAUUUGGUUAUACCUGUAAACAUUAAACAUCUUAGCACGAUUCACAACUGCAUUUUUCACAUUCUGCUUGAAAUAUUCUACCUAACCAAGAAGGUCUUGAAAAAUCCCUUCAUCACUUUUGAGCAGAACAACUGUCCUGUGGGUGGGAUGUCAAGUAAGCAAACUGUGCUCUUCAAAAUUAGAAUUUUUUUGUUCAUCCAGCACAAUAAACAGUGGACAAGUCUGAUUAAACUAUCUUGGGAGCUACCUAAAGACUUUAAGAUGCGGCUUUCUUUUUCUUGUAUUUAAGUAUUGUAUGGACCAAUUAUGUUGCAUUUCGUAUUGGUGUCCAAAACUGCGUCUGUCCUAAGGUCUUGAGCUUUAAGGAAAUAUAUUUUGGUACCUGGUGAAUGGUUAGUGUGCUGUGCUGCUGCAAAAAUAUAUUAAAGGACUGUUGAUAUGGUGGAGACAGCGGCCAUCAGACUUGGUAGAGUCUGAAAAACGGUAGAGGAGAAAUAGAUAAUUUGACCAGUAUCAAGAAAACUAUGAAAUAAGGUAUUUGUCCUCAGGUUGCAAAGAUUAGACCCAUUUAUGGUCGACCAGGUUCUCUUCAAGAGCACAUAGGUUGUAUUUUUGACAAAACUCAGCUCGUCUGUUUCUUUCUGCUUUGCACAAAACCUUUUUUUUGUGUUUUUCUUUUUUGAUGCUUUUAUGCGUUUAAAUGCUGUGUUAAAAUAAGAGGUGUGGGAAAAGGGAAUCAGAGAAAGGAGUGGUGGCCAAAUACACAGUAGAAAAGUGGAGGAAAAUCGCAAAGCAGUACAGUGAAAAGUAAAAUAAGCUGAAACAGUCUUUCCGGUGUAACUCAUUAACUUAAAACCAGUAGGAAAUGCUUUUAAUUUCUAGUUGUGAAAGAUGCGUUUAUUCUAUUCUGAAAUCUCCCAUGCUGCUUGGUAAUAAGUGACUGGUGUGUAAGAGGAGAUAAAUUCUUAGUAGUAGAUUGAUUGCAUUUGAUGAUUGCCAGGCAUUAAGGUAUAGCUGAAAUAUUUUGACUCUUUAACAUGCUUUACAAAAAAAGAUUAUUUCAGUGUUUUUUCUCUUGAUUAAAAAUGGCAAAAGGUCCUAAAUUCUGAGGAUUAUAAAGAUUAUUUUUUUUAUGAAGAUCCCUUUUACGGACAUAGAUUCUCAUUGCUGUACAUUUCUCCAUUGUUAGUUUUGUUUAGCAAAAUUUUACCAUUUCAGUUGAUAAAACUAAAAUCCUUACGCUUUCAUACCUUGUUUUAGAGUAUAUGCGAAGUUUAAUGAAUGAUCUCUUGGUAUGAAUAAAAUAUUUGUAUAACUGUUUUUUACCUUUGAAGAAAGAUCAAAUCACUUUUUUGUAUAUAUAUAUAUAUAUAUAUAUAUAUAUUUUUUUUUUUUUUUCUUCCAGCCUCACUAACAGCACCAAAACUUCCCCAAAUAGUGCAGUUGAAUAAACACUUAAUAUGCCAGGAAAACUGCAAACCCAUCCUUAUUAAGGGAGCUUUUCUUUCUUGAUAUUUAAGUGUGUGUGUCAGAAAACUAAAUUAACUAUAAUUUGAAUUAAAAGCUCUACUUACUGCUUGUUGGCUUAUUUUCUGGAGGUGGGCAGAAAGCAGCUGGAGGGUAUGUAGAUAAGAGAAAUUAUAGUUUUGCUGCUAAAAUUAAAGAUUUUUUUUUUUUGGCAUUUACAGCAUGAGUUAUCAUUUCUAUGGUGAGAUCUGUUAGUCCUUUUCUGGUACCUUUGGGUAUGUGUGGUACCCAACUUGAUUUUUCUCUUGGAAAAUUGGUCUGUAUAGACACCAUUGGUAUUUCUAGCAGCAAUUAAAGUUAAUAAAAAGAUUCUGAUUUUUGAACCUUAGACACUCAAAUACAUUGCGUGGACACUAAAAUUAAAAUAUUGGCACUGAAUAAUAUCUAUGGUUACUAUAUCUUCUGCAUCUUCUGUUGCAUGAAGAAUUAUAUGUAUUUAUUGCAGUAGCCUCAUAAAUGCGAGGGAAGUUUUAUGUUAGGAUUUUGUGAGGCAUUUUAAUGUCUCACAGGUGAAAUAUGGCCUGAAAUGUACAGUUCUUGGAUAGAAGUGGGAAUUAGCCAAAAACCUCAGUGCAGCAGCUGUGUUAAUACUUGAAGAAGCAGAAUUACAUCUUGAAUAUUCUCAUUUUUACAGCUAUAUCAGCUGCUUUGCUUGAAAGGAAAACAAUGUGCAUUUGUUUUAGUUCCUAAAAUUGUAAAGGUAACCAAAGUGCUGUUAUAUGUGGAAAUGAAAUUUUGUUAGGCUUUCAAAUAGCAUCACUUCUUAAUUUUAUUUUCAUAUGGUUGCAUUAAAGACCUAGCUUAGAGACCAGAUCUCAGAUGGUGUGGUAAAAUUGUCUGCAUGACCACCUCGUAUUCUUAGGCUUUAAAGUACUAAUUAAAAAAAUAAUGAAUAUAAUAUGUAUUAUUCAGGUUGUCUGUGGACUCAGCCAGACCAUCAUGGCAAGAAUAGUUUUGGAAGGGGGAGCUGGUUAUACUGGAUGAAUUAGUAUAAUAUCAAUUAAGUUGAGACCAGUAGGAGAUUUAAUACUUAAUGGAACUAUAAGUACUUGUCUAAAAUUCUUGAAAUAGAAGGUUUAGAGAGCAUGACAAGUUUGGACUGUACACAUGUUGUACCUUGAGUUACAUUUAGGAGCUCAGACACAACAUGUAUGUUGCUGAAUUGCUUUUAAAUUGAAGAGAAAAAAUUACAUUCUUGUGAACAUUGUUAAUAAUUAAUAUUAAUCUUCUUGAAGGGACAGUAAACUUGGGAUAUAUAUCUACUCCUCGCUCUUUGAGAUUGGAAUGAGUCCUGAUGUGCAGAACAAACUCCCUCGUGGUUGCUCUGGACUAGCUGCUGCUGUGUCCUGGAGCCAAGUUCAGGACUAAACAGAUGUUGGGUUUAACAGCGUGUGACACUGUGAUUAUGUAGGGGUGUUCCCAGCUUACUUUUUUGGUAAAGGUAAAGUUUUUGGUAAAGGUAAUAAUAGUGUUAAACUAAAAGACUUGCUAAUAAAUUAUGUCUAAUUAUUAUUUUUUUUAGCAAAUAAUUAGCUUGAUUGCUUUUGAAGAGAAGACAACUUUUUUUAAUGAAACCAUGCAUUUAGUGUAUUUCAGUAAAAAAAAUAUUAGAUUUCUUUGGUAAUUUACUGCUGGGGUUGGGACUGAUGAUUUGAUGAUUUAUUUAUUUUUAAUGAAAAGGGUUUUCUUCUUAUUUGGUGUUUCUCGUGGCUCUCCCACUUCAUCAUGUGAGGAAAGAGAAUCUAUUGAACAACCUUCUGCUCGAAGUGACUGAGAUUCCCUGGAGUUGCAAUGGGGGCUGUUGUGAAAGUCAUGGGUAAAAAUUUAAAAUUUAAAAAAAUAGCAAUUGAUAUCAUGUUGUGUUUCAAAUACUGACUAACAUUUUAUGUCUUAUAAAAAUUUGAACCUCUACUGCCUUAACCAGUGUUAGAGACACAGCGAUAAUGCCUUUUAAUCAAAAGCAAUUUGCAAAUUUAAGUGGUUACAUGUUUUGUUGUUGUUGGUUUGUUUUGUUGUUGUUGGUUUGUUUUGUUGUUGUUGGUUUGUUUUGUUGUUGUUGGUUUGUUUUGUUGUUGUUGGUUUGUUUUGUUGUUGUUGGUUUGUUUUGUUGUUGUUGUCUUUUUUUUUUUUUUUUCUUCCAGCUAAGGGCAGCUGCUUUGAAAAGAAACACGUCUGCUCUUUAAAAACAUGUUUGAAAAUGUUUUAAGGUGGUGAGUGGAGAACAGUAUCUGUCUUGUAAAUGUGUUGGAGAUCAUGGAUAACAUGUAACCAUCAAAGUUAAAGCAUUUGGGUUAAUCUGUUACCAUUGCUAAAACUCUUAAAAGUCUUGAUUUUUGAUUUUUUUUUUUUUGUGUUGCUUUUAUUUUUAAAUUAUUUUAGACAUUUUUCCUGCAGGAUAUUCAAGAAAUCUGAAGAACAGACUUAUUUCCUCUGUUGCCUGGAGUUCCUAAGAAAUGUUUUUCUGAUUUAAAGCUGGGCUUAUGGCACUGGAGAUUGUAGGAGCUCAAGGUGCUCAGGCUGCAUCAUAAAAUCAUCGCAGAGCACAAAACCAGCACAUUUUGAGAUAAUAUAAGUUAAUGAUGGAAGGAGUUAGAAAUAAUGUACAACAGGUAUAACGAAGCUAAGUAUGGUCAUCUCUAUUUAGUAUCAGUAGAACAGAGAUUUUUACUUUAGAGGAGUAUAGUGAAUAGAAUAUUUUGGGAGAGAAAAAACCUGGGAUAUAACAGAGAAGAAAAAAAAAUGUUUAUUUGAAUGCUCUAAGUUAAGUUGGCUCACAAAUGAGUAGAAGGCAAAGCUCACAAAGUCCAUGUAUCUACUAAUUACUUUACAAGUAUUUAUCUAGCAAUUGGAUUCUUUUGAUUUUUCUGUUUAAUCUCUACCUUUGAAAUAAGGUCAAUGAAUAUUAAAGGUAGCGUACUUUAAGUCUUGUGGUUGUUCUGUUGUUUGUGGUGGGGUUUUUUCCUUCCUUUGAGGCAGUAAAAUUUAUAUUCAAGUAAGGUGCAUUCAUUCUGUUCCAUGAGUAAAUAUUAAACCAAAUUUCUGGAAAUGUUCUUAAAAUAAUUACAUUUUAUAAUCCCUUAAUGUUUCUCUACAGAAUUCCCUGGCACAAACUUCCAUUUUCACUCAUAGACCACUUUUAAAUUUUUCUUCCUGUCCCCAUGACAGAAAUGACUUUUGCUAAUUCUGUAGACAGUAUCUUCAGAGCUUUGUACCAAAUGAGACAUAAAUGAGGUUAUGAUUGUCUCUCUCUUCCCUUUGGUUAGAUAUAAAGGGGGGGGUGGUAGAAACUGAGCUGCUUUGUAAAAAUGAAUUUCACAGGUACACGAUGACAGAACUACAGUGGUGCAGUUAUAAAAUUUGAUAUACUGAGUCAGUAUAAAGUUUCAUCUUGCUGUAUUCUGUCUUCUAGAGCAGCUAAUAGUGAUGGUGGAGGAUGGAAAAUAUCCUGUGUUCUGCUCUCAGUCUGUGCUGGCAUUUUGUUGCUUUUGAAAUAUUUAGGUGCUGUGCAUUUGCUCUAAAUUUCAAAUAUAAAUUCUUUAGAUGGCCAUAGUGAUGGCUGCAAACAUUGCAGCUUUUCAUUGUAUCCCUUAGUUUCUUUUUAGUAAGUGUUCCUCAUUUUUAUACUGUUCUUUAUUACUAUUAACUACUACUAGAAUGGUAUUUUCUGCAAGCAACUGCUUCUGCAAAGCUGAUGAGUCUUAAUCGGUACUGGAGUGAUUCGUGAAAUGGAUCCUAUAUCUUUGUGAAGACCAAGGGAAGAGUUGCUACCGAGUAGUAUCUUACAUCUCCUAGUAUAGCUGUUCCUGUUCUUAUUUCUUUUAGAUAAAUAUAAACUUUAAAAGCUAUUAGUCACAGUUAUUUCUUCUCCAAAGAUGGAAGAUUAUUGAAGCCGAUGUCCUGGAAGGAUAUAAGAUGCUUAGGAGCAUCCCUGGCACAUAGUUAAUAGUAUCAUGGUAUUUUUUUCUUUAAUUAAAUCGUUUAUAAAGGUAAGAAGUGCUGACAAGCAGCAUGGAGAAUUGAAAUCUCAUCAUUCUUGCACAGGUCAAGGACAACACAGCUGGUAAUGAAGAGGUUUUGGACAAUAUCUCUACCAGCUUCUGCAGUGUUGCUUCAAAAAGCAGUUUUUUGAUGUAUGUAUUUUUAAACUUUUCCCUCCUUGAAGGUGGGAGAUUUCAAGGUGUAGAUCAUUGAUAACAGGCAGGAAUUUGCUCCAUGAUGGACUCCUUUUCUUGACAAUAGAAAUAAUUUUCUAUCUGCACAUAUUCACUUGGAAAAUAUAAUUUUGAAUAGCUUGUCAACUGGACACCCCUGUUUAAAUUGUGAAUUCUUUGCAGUUUUCCCCACUGGUUUUGAUACAACUGUGACACUGUUCUUGUUGAGCGUGAUUUAUGAAAAUCCAAGUGAGACAAUGACUGAAGUAUAUAGCACAGUAAUUUUUAACUUCCUUGGAUGAAGAAGUCAUUGUUGAAAAAAAGAAAACUCUUUUAAAUGUCUUCCUAUGUGCCUGUUUUCUACACUUCGGUAAUUGUUCAAGGUGGUGAACUAAAACUACUGAUUGCUAAUUUAGGAUGUAUAGAUUCCUUAUUAGUACAAGACUUUAAUUAAAAAAAAAUAAAAAUAUUUAAAGAAAUGAAAAUUUAGAAAGGAAUUUGCCAAAUAAAGAAGAUGGGAGCAAAUGGCAGUAGCAGCAUCAGUGAGCUUCCGGAAAACGAGUACUUAAAGAAAUUAGCAGGAGCGGAACCUAUCUCUGACCCGUUCUGGAAUCAGCUGCUGUCUUUCAGCUUUACCACUCCAACAAACAGUGCUGACUUGAAGCUGUUGGAAGAAGCUACCAUCUCAGUCUGCCAGUCUUUAGCUGGCCUGUGGACGGUCUUCACAUUUGGCAGUGUGCGGACCAAAGUGCGGCCACAGCUGGAACGCUGCGCUCCUCUCACAAACCAGAGUCUGCUGCUUCUCCUCGUCUUGGUGAAUCUCACUGAUGCUCCCGAUACAUCCAAUCCCUACAGACAAGCUAUUAUGUCCUUCAAGAACACACAAGAUAGCUCUGCCUUUUCAUCAUCAAAUCCCCACACUUUCCAGAUUAAUUUUAACAAUUUGUACACGGCUUUGUGCGAGCAGCAGAAAUCCGACCAAGCAACUCUCCUUUUAUACACACUUCUGCAUCAAAAUAGCAACGUAUGGGCCUAUGUGUUGGCACAGACCAACAUAGAAAAUCUCCUAAGUGUUCUGCCAAUUCUUGAAAUUCUCUGUCAUGUCGAAGAAAGGAAUUCCCACCACGUUUACAUGGCUCUUAUCAUUUUGCUGGUCCUCACGGAGGACAACAGCUUUAACCGAUCCAUCCAUGAGGUGAUACUGAAAAAUAUCACUCAGUAUGCCGAGCGUGUCCUAACAGAGAUCUCGCUGGGGAGCCUCCUGAUACUGGUCAUGGUAAGAACCAUCCAAUACAACAUGACCCGGACAAGGUGUUGUGGUUUUUUUUUUUUUUAUUUUGACAAAUACCUUCACACAAAUUGUCUGGCUGCCUUAGCAAAUAUGUCAGCACAGUUCCGCUCACUUCAUCAGUAUGCUGCUCAGAGGAUCAUCAGCUAUACCUGCCGCCACUUGCGGAGCGUGUAUGUCUUGGACAAACUGUAUUUUCCCCACUCCCUCUGCUCCACACUGCAGCAUUGCUUCUUGACCCGCAGUGACAAUGGAGAGGAACUCUUGUCUUUAACUUGUUCUCACAUUCUCAGAUCCUAUGCUGCCAGUUUAUUUUCUUUGCUGCCUAAAAAACACAACAAAGUGCUGGAGCAAGCCACGCAAUCCCUAAGAGGUUCCCUUGGUUCGACCAACUCUCUGCUCCCUGAUUAUGCACAAGACCUGAACGUGAUCGAGGAAGUGAUCCGCAUGAUGCUGGAGAUCAUCAACUCCUGCCUGACCAAUUCUCUUCACCACAACCCCAAUCUGGUGUACACGCUGCUUUACAAAAGGGAUCUGUUUGAGCAGUUUCGAACUCACCCUUCUUUCCAGGACAUCAUGCAAAAUAUAGACCUGGUGAUCAGCUUUUUCAGCUCACGAUUAGAACAAGCUGGCAUGGAGCUGUCAGUGGAGCAGGUUCUGGAAAUCAUCAAGCAAGGAGCUGUUGCUUUGCCCAAAGACCAGCUAAGAAAGUUUCCUGAGCUGAAGUUCAAGUACGUGGAGGAGGAGCAGCCCGAGGAAUUCUUCAUCCCCUACGUUUGGUCCUUGGUCUACAACUCUGCCAUGGGGAAUAAAUGGUGGGCAAAGAAUCAGUCACUGGGAAUUGCCUAA